GCUGGGGGCGGGCCGGGGGCGGAGCGCGAGGCUCCGGCUGCUCUGGCGGCUCCCGCGGCUCCCGCGGCUCCGGCUGGCGGCUUCGGGCCCUGCACCUGUGAGUCUCGGCAGCCCUAGCCCUCCGCCCGCCCGGCGCCGCAGCCCCAUGGCCCCGUCCCGGCUGCAGCUCGGCCUCCGCGCCGCCUACUCCGGCAUCAGCUCCGUGGCCGGCUUCUCCAUCUUCCUCGUCUGGACGGUGGUCUACCGACAGCCAGGGACCGCGGCCAUGGGAGGGCUCGCAGGGGUGCUGGCAUUGUGGGUCCUGGUGACUCACGUUAUGUACAUGCAAGAUUACUGGAGGACCUGGCUCAAGGGGCUGCGCGGCUUCUUCUUCGUGGGUGUCCUCUUCUCGGCUGUCUCCAUCGCUGCCUUCUGCACCUUCCUCGUGCUGGCCAUCACCCGGCAUCAGAGCCUCACAGACCCCACCAGCUACUACCUCUCCAGCGUCUGGAGCUUCAUUUCCUUCAAGUGGGCCUUCCUGCUCAGCCUCUAUGCCCACCGCUACCGGGCUGACUUUGCCGACAUCAGCAUCCUCAGCGAUUUCUGACCCAGGGGGUGAGGUCUCUGUACCCCGGGGGGUCCUUAGGACCUGGACUCAGCCUCUGAGACGUUGGGAGAGGCUACUCCCACCCCCUGGGGACCCCAGAACUGUGGCAGAAAAUACACAGCAGGAUGAGUGUGGUCUCCCAGGAAGCUGUCCCACCCGUCCCCUUUGGGGGAGACCUGGGUGUGGUAGACAGGGGAUCCUGCCAUGUUGCUCAUCAGCCUGUCCAGAGGGCAGCUUUAGACCUCUUCAAAUGGAUGUUUUCUUUUCUUUUUUUUUUUUUUUUUGAGAUGGAGUCUUACUCUUAUCACCCAGGCUGGAGUGCAAUGGCACAAUCUCAGCUCACUGCAACCUCCGCCUCCCGGGUUCAAGCAAUUCUCCUGCCUCGGCCUCCCAAGUAGCUGGGAUUACAGGCAUCUGCCACCAUGCCUGUCAAAUUUUUGUGUUUUUAGUAGAGACGGGGUUUUGCCAUGUUAGCCAGGCUGGUCUUGAACUCCUGACCUCAGGUGAUUUUACCCGUCUCAGCCUUCCAAAGUGCUGGUAUUACAGGCGUGAGCCACUGUGCCCAGCCUGGAUCUGUUUUCUUAGCACGCAGUGAGGAAUCUUUGUAUGUAAGGCCAGGGCAACAAAGUCAAGAGGUUAAGGGGUAGGGCCAUGAGGCCUGGACCUAUGCUGCAGGCAAGGGCUUUCAUCCCUGCUGCCCUAGGCACUCUCUUCCCAAGGCCAGGGUGGGCACCUGGGGAGGUCAGUUCAGGAAUAUCUAGCAGAGACCUCUUAAGCCCCCAUCCCAGCACCCCAUCCUGUUGUUCCCAGAGCUGGUCUCCCAUGAGUGUGCUAGAGCCAGAUAGCCAUGGCCCCCCACCCAUCCCACUCACACACACAGGCAUCCGUAUACCCCGGAGGACUUCCCAAAUGAGGCCAGACUCAGGGUCAUGAGGAAUGUGCUCUCGCCCCUGGAAGGGCUUUGGGGCAGGGGGCAACAUGGCAGAGGCUGGAAGGAGCCCCCAAACCUGUUCCCAUGCCCCUCUAGCCCUGUGUUUCCACUCUGCCUUCUCAGAGUGCCCUUACUGCACCCAGACCACCGGCCAGGAGAGACCUUCUCUUCCACUCCAGCCCCUCACUGCCCUUCAACUAGAGCUUUCACCUUUUUACAUUUCCCUUCUGAAGGACACAAAUCUGCUUUCCUGCCCAUACACUGGCCCAAGGGCUCACCUAACUUGGGAGGGAAGGGGCUGUUGUUACAAGGAUGAUUUUAUGUUAGACUGCCAUUUUGCACGGUCUCCCCUUCCCACCUGAUGUGUCCUGCCCCUCAGCUCUUUGCCUUAUCUGUGUCACUGUCACUUUAGCAAAAAUACAGCGGCCAUUUGUAUCAGCCUCUGGUGGUUGCUUGUGAGGUGGGAAUCCUAUAGGGACAGGUGGACUUUGGGAGGAGUGGGCAGGGAGGGAGUGGUAGUGGCAAUUCUCGGGCUGCCUGAUUAAGCCAUUCCCCUAGUUCAGUUGUGCCCUGGAGGGCAGGGGACAGGGUCAGUCUCUCUGGGACUGGAGGCCCUCUUGCCUUGGCCCUCCUGGCAUGGGGUAACCACCAGCUCAGCUCUCCUCCUCCAACUCUCCUCUCUCUAGCACACCCCAGCCAGGGCAAGGAUGCCCACGGGCAUAGCUGCAGCAACCCCUGUGGGAUUUGGUGUCCACACCCAAGAGGCCAGGCCAGAUGGGAAAAGGAUUAACACCUCUUCCCUCACACCCUGCCAGGCUGCUGGGAGCUUGGGCCAGGUCUAAGGUAAUGAGGUGCUCCUCUUCCUGCUGGAAAAACCGGGCUGAUUCAGAACCACAAAGGCAGGUGCUGCCAGCCUGGCGCCUUCCUCUCUGCUUAGGCUGGGCGAGCUUGUCCAGGCCUGUGCCUCACCACUUCUCUCUUCUAGGCUCAACGUAUGCUUAAUCAGGCAUGGUGCAUCAGAGCAGGAAGGAACUAUCAACAGUGUAUAUACUUCUGGAGCCUUGUACUAACAAACAGAGGCCCCAGAAGACUAUUUGACUUACCUGAGCUUCCAGCUGGGACUUAAACCCAGGUGUGUCUGAGUCACAACUGUUUGGGGACGCCGUGGUGAGCUGGGGCUAAGCUCUUGUAUUCCCACGCCCCCACCCGACCCCCACUUCCACCAUAUCAGGGCUGGUCUCUGUGGACUCAGCCCAGGGCUGCCUCCUCUUUGUCACCCCAAAGUGGGGCAGCCAGGGAUAGCCAGGGUAUGUUCAGAAUGGGUUCUUCCUGCAGGGCACGAAGGGCAAAGAGUUAGAGGGGCUGCAGCCCAGACCACCCUGGUCCCUCCUCCGGCACUGACUCAGACCCACACUGUGCCGUGCAUCUGUGUGCCCUGCACACCCGCUUGACGGCACACUGCUCACUUCCGGGGGGGCCUUGCAGAGGCACUUUUAAAGCAAAUAAAACAUUUAUUGUUCAGA